AUGCACGACGGUCGGAUCUACAGGCUCGUUUCUCUAUGCGACGGCGGCUUUAAGAAGCAUAAGCCACUACACAACUCUCUAGAGGGCUGCUAUCAACGAUUCUGGAUCUGGGCCAAUUACACAGGCGCUGGGGCAGAUGACGAGUCGAAUUUAGACCAGCGACUGGAGUUCAGCCCGGACUUGCAGAACGAGCUGACAUACACAGGCUUCCCAUCAGUAACAGCUAUACAUGGAGCUCUCGAUGAAUUAGAGCGCAUCAUGAUGAUCAAGUCAAGAGACAAAGGCUGCUUUGAAGUGGCUGCGGUCGGGUGGGUGAAGAAGCUACACCCUGAUAUACCGGAGACUUUGGCCGAACAGCUCGGCAUAACCAUCGAAUGCAGGCGUCUUCGCUUAAUCCGUCAAAAGAAGUACCAACAGGGAUUUCCCCUCGAAAGAUAUCAAUAUCGUCAGGCACGGCUUGCGCAGCCAGAAGAUCAGAUGGUGGCCGCGUUGGACGAUGUGACCCUCACCGACGCUCCGAUAUUGGAUCCAGCACUACCACGAGAUCCUGCUUCGUAUCAAGAGAGUGUCGGGUCUGAGGCCACAGCAUCAUCGGCCGCUCGAGCAUAUUCGUACCCAAAAGCAUCCAAGCCAUCACAAGGCUCCGAAUACUGUCAGCGUAAAUGGUGUGUCAACAAGCUCAGGACUGAGGACCUGCGGUACACAAGACGGUGGGCAUUGCCCUGGAACGAAGACCUUCAGCCGUACACGUGUAUCGACAGUCGGUGUGAUUGGCCGCCGAUAUACUUCACAAGCGUAGACCAAUGGCAGAAGCAUAUGGUGGAGGAGCACACCACUGGCUGGACGGAACAGAUCCACAGGAAGGUCCAGCACUGUAGCCGACACGUAGACAAAGAAGGCCAUAGAGAACGCAAAGAGUUCCAAGACCUCGAAGCACUCCGCGACCAUUUGACUGACGAACAUGGUCUGACGGAAAUUGAUCUUCGACGCGCCCUUUCUCGAUACAGAUCGCCGGGAACAUGUCUGUUCUGUAAUUUCGAUGCCGUUGCCAAAGCAGUUCCAGGAGAUGAGCUUGAAACAAGCCAGAAUGCGAACGUCGGUGACGCUGCUAUUGAAGCACCUGAGUCCGAAGAGCUUGUUCGAGUAAAACUCUGGGAGCAUAUCGGCCGUCAUCUCAAAAACCUGGCUUUCUUAUCGCUAAAAUGGUUCGAAGAGAACGAGGUAGAUGUCGACGGGGGUGAUCGAAAGGCGAAGGCUGCGCAGAGGGAAGGAUCUAGUGAUGAUGAUGAUCGGGAAGCGGCAUUGAUGUAG